UUCAAAAAAAAGAAAACUCCCCUCUUAGAAAGAGAGAGAGAAAGAGGAGACCUAAUCUCCCAGUCUCUUUUCCUCUUGAAAACCAGAUCCAGAUUAAGCCGCCGAAAUCAUCCAUCUGUCUUCCACACCAACCGCAUUAUUUUCGUUUCAUCGUUUUGUUGGAUUUGAUUUUAUCCUUUUUUAGAGACUACAUCGGAGAAUGUCGUCUGUGAAUUGGGAACUCAAAGGUUGUUGCAAGCAGGAUCAGAAGAUCUUCCUUGCUACAAUCGGAAUCUGUACAGUUGUAAUUCUUGCUCUAUGGAGGACAAUACUGUUAACACCAUUCAAACUCAUCACUGUAUUUCUUCACGAAGCCAGUCAUGCCAUCGCUUGUAAACUAACAUGUGGUCAUGUUGAAGGGAUCCAAGUUCACGCAAACGAAGGUGGAGUGACACAAACACGCGGCGGCAUAUAUUGGGUGAUUUUACCUGCUGGAUACCUUGGUUCAUCGUUUUGGGGAAUGGUUUUUAUUCUUGCAUCUACAAAUCUUCUUACUGCUAGAAUUGCUGCUGGAUGCCUUGGUGUUGCGUUGCUUAUAGUUCUCUUCGUGGCAAAGAAUUGGACUCUGAGAGGACUUUGCAUCGGAUUUAUUAUUUUCCUUGCAGUGUUUUGGUUCUUGCAAGAGAAAACAAGUGUCCGCAUUCUUCGAUACAUUAUACUUUUCAUUGGUGUGAUGAACAGCUUGUUUUCGGUUUAUGAUAUCUAUGAUGAUACCAUUUCUAGAAGAGUGAAUUCUAGUGAUGCAGAGAAGUUUGCAGAAGUUUGUCCUUGCCCUUGCAAUGGUGUUGGAUGGGGAGUCAUUUGGGGACUUGUAUCGUUUAUGUUUCUUUGUGGAGCUGUCUACCUUGGGCUUGUUAUAUUGUCUUGAGUUUAGGUAUUAAUUGCUCCAUCAAGAGCAAUUCUGAUUGUUAGUAGCCUGAUUGCUAGUAGCUUUAAGUUAGGUGUGUCUGAUUAUACUAUUCUUUCUGCGCAUUACCCUCACGGGGUUGUCAUUGUUUAUUUUUGACAGAGGAGCGAUAACUAUUCAUUGUUAAGCUCAUGUCCAAUUUCUUUACAACUACAUGGAUUGUUUAUAGUUUCAGUUCAUUCAAGCUUCAUUGUUUUCCUAUUUUUCUGGACGCA